AUGCUGAAAAAGCGAAUUGGGCGCGGAAAAAAACAGCUGGAGAAAGCGAUAGAGAAAAUGUCGAACGUCGAAGACAGGAACUCCGUUACCACUCCAUCGCCUUACAUUCAUCUGAAAGUUAAGGGACAGAAUGGAAAUGAAGUGUAUUACAAGAUAAAGAGAGGCGUGCAACUGAGGAAGCUAAUGAAUGCUUAUUGUGUACGACAAUCAUUACAGUUGGACACCACAGUGUUUUUGUUUGAUGGCCGUCUCCUACGACCAGAGCAGACUCCUAAUGAGCUGAAAUUGGAGGACGGCGAUGAGAUAGAUGCUAUGUUGCAUCAAACCGGAGGUGUUGUUGCUUCUUAG